UGAGCUUUCAUACGAUUCUUCAUUUAUUAUAUGACUGAGAAAAUUACGAACGCGUACGCGAUAAUUCGCGCUGCAGUGCAAAUUUAAAAUUAACUAUUAAUUGACCUGCUCUCAGCCAAUCACAAUGGACUAGAUUUCGCAGUCAUAUAAAAUUAGACAAGACAAUCGAAUUUCGUCCGUUAAAUGUGUGCCUGAGUUUGUAAAAGAAGAUUGUUAUGAUUCGAAUUCAAUUUUGGCACUAUUAAAAAUGCUAGUGUGAAUUUAACCUUUCGCACUCCAAAACAAACAUUGUGUGAACUAAUAUGGAAAUUACAACUUUUUGUAUGAAACCAUAGGGUGAGACCUUUAAAAUGAAAAACAAUUUACUGUUUAUUGUUCGUCGUUCGCAGUCUUUCUUAUUCUUUCCUGAUAUUGCAUCGAUAAAGUGAAAUAACUCCUGUAAAGAGUAAUCGCGUUUAUUGUUCUAGAACGUCUUCUCGAAUUAUUUCCAUCCUCGUACCCAGAGUCUUCGCUCCCCUUGACCAGCGAUCGUGAAACAACUGAAACAAGAAAGGCCCGAUUUGAAGUCCGAAAAUAUCGGACUUCCAGUUGAAUUGCACAUGUUUAGCUGACAGACGCGUGGCUCAAUCGAUACGCUGGUGUUUUACUUCCGCUCAUUUCCGUUGUUUUCAAAACCAAUCAAAAUCGAGCCUGUAGCAGAACUUUCGAGAGUCGCUCGUUUCGUAAAGCUUGCGCUGUAAGGAACGAAGACGCGAGGAACGAGAUUGGAAUUAUUUCUAUACCAGCAUGCUCGUUAUCGUGCGAGAGUACAUGAUCUUGCCUUAAUCAUCGUAACGCUUUGCUACUCAUUGCUUAACUCAGAGAAACUUCAAGAAAAAUGUCAAACGUCCUGUGAUUUUUACUUAGAGGACUACUCGGAUACCGAGAAAUGAAAUAAUGUGUUAAUGUCUUACACACUGGAACGCGCUCUCCAGUUUUGAUCACGCAAAUCUGUUUAAUUGAACCAAGAGGCAGAGUUCUUUUCGAGCAUUUUGGUCGUUAUUUUUUUUUGUUUUGUUUUGUUUUUGUUUUUGUUUCUGGUCUUAGCAUGAACUGCGUAAUUAUUUGGCCGUUGAAGAGAAGAAAAGGAACGUGAUCCGUUUUGAAAUGGUCACCACAUAGAUAACAACCGUAUUACAUUGUGAGAUAAUGGUUUGACUUUCGUGCACUUAAAUUGCUUUACCAUUACAUGCAAAAAAAAUUACGGUCAAUUGUGUUACGGAGCUAUGAAUAAUCAUAUGAAUAAUCGACUGCCCACUACAAAUCGUGACUUGCUAUCGCAAUUCACGUGUUAAAAACGAAAUGAACAAACGGAACAAGAAUAAUUCUCAUCGGAUAACUUUUGUGCCAUAGCCACAAUACAUACAUGGGCUGUUAUAGAAACAAUACCAAGAAAUGCAUUACUCUAAUACUUAGAAUGAAAGUUGUAACAGCUUUUGCUUCAAAGGACAUUGGCAAUAACUUGCAUUAACCACUUAAAGAAAUCGAUUUUAAUUUGGUUGUAGAUUUUAGAUAACUUUGAAAAGAAAAAGAAGAAAGGCAAGAACAUGACCAACCCAUGAGUAUUGAUCUUUCAAAGUAUUUGUUGUAUCCAUCAAGCGAGGUGAUAAACGGUGUCUUAGUGUAACUCUGGCUCAUGCACGACUAAUGAAGUAAACCGUCGCGGCUACAAAAGAGUUUUUUUUUUUUUUUUUUCCUGCGUAUUUCUUAAUACCGUAUCAAAUAUCUGAUAUAUCUGACAAUAGACGUUCACGGAUGUCAAAAUCUUUCAACAAACCUCAAGAACCAGUGAUUAGAGGAUGGAUAUUUAUCGCCGUUGUCAGCGAGUGAACACAAUAAUUUAACAAGGUGACGUUCUGCGCUCUUAAUUUCCGAGUUACAUUUUAGUACUUAAUUUUGUUUCCAUUCUCUUUAUCCAAGGUUGUUGACCUCAGUAAUUGCAUUCCAUGCCUGAAAUUUACCUUUAAUUUUCUUUACACCACUAGAUAAUUUUAAGCGACCACUAUGACGCAAUACUUAAAGGGAAAAAUAAGAGAUCUUUUGUCCAACAUCUCCGUCAUUCAAUAUCAACAGAUACGAGUCAAAUCAGCUUUAUCUAUUUUUUCUAUAGCUUCACUAGUGAUAUCGCGCCCAAAUACGAUAAGGAUGACGUUCUGCACACCAAAGAUCGUAUAUAAUCCAUUAUUGGUUCCACAGGAGAGUUCACGAAAGAUUUACGUUCAACUCUUUAAUAGUCGGAGAAGUUAAAGACUUUUAUAGCAUCGUAGUUUAGAAGAAACAAAUCAACACACAACAAGAGAGCCGUAACAGACAGUUCAUUAGCACAAUACUGGCUCCGUUGAUGAAAAACUAACACCUUGUCACAUCUUUUAAAGCCGAUUGGCUGAUUGGUAGAUUGACACACACUUAGUACAAAUAUCUAGCAGAUUGACGAGCAGAUGGUAGCGAGAAGCAAGGAAGAACGAAGACUGCCUAUCGAAAAAAAAAAACCCUUCAUACACGUACGCAUCGUGUAGCAGUUACGAACAAAAAGAUUGUGUUUAACCUCAGAUGAAACCUAGCAGCUCCAAGCGGGAACAUGAGAAGUCCCCGUCUCGCAGUGUUCAUUUUAGUGUUACAGGAGAUUUUGUCCUUCUCCUUCUCCUUACCAAAAGGAACUGGGAGUGUGUUCAGUGAACAAUGGUCAGGUAUUAAUGGUACAGCAAUCAAACGCCUCACUUCGGAUCCUCGCUUCCCAAACAAUGCAACUAAACGUCAAUAUAUUCCAAUAUUUAGAGAAAGGACUUUUGCUUCCAACUAUGGAAGUCGAUACCGUUCUUAUUUCCUCGCCAAGGAAACAGGCAACUACACUUUUUAUACGUUCUGCGAUGAUUACUGUCAGGUGUUUCUGAGCAGUGACGUCAAUCCCAGAAAUAAGCGGCUGAUUAUUGAUCAGAGAAGGGCGGAAAAGGUCCCAAACGUAAGCAAUUGUUGCAGCGAUUCCAAACUAAAAGAUUACCAGAUUUCUCUUCCCCAAGAAUUAGAGGAGACGCGACUUUAUUACAUGGAUGUCUUGCACAAACAAGGUAUAGGUUUUGCCCGGAUGUACGUUGCAAUGAGAACACCAAGCGGUGAGAUGAAAAUGCCAAUUAGCAGCGAAUACUUGGUGAAACAUUUAACCAAGCAAGAUGUUCCAGGUGAGGAUUGCAAAAUUGAAGGAGAUCCCAAUUAUCCUGAUUACGUCAACUGCAAAGAACUUUCAGAGUCGCAAAAGACUGAUCGUGUCUUAUCGAUACUGAAAGAUUUGCGAUCUCGAGUUGACAAUGCUGUAAGCCCUACAGCUGAAUUCCUUCUUGACACAAUUACGACCGCUGGGAAGAAGACAAGUGAUCUUCUGGAAAGCUUUGAUGAUUCUGAUGAAGAUCGAAACGUGAGCGAAUCAAACGGUGCCUUUGAAAUCGCCAGAGAAGUUGAAACGCUUGGUGAAAGCAUUGCAUCGCGUCUCAACAACGCUACUCCGGUGAUAGCUGUCAGUUACCCAAGUUUAGAUAUGAAAGCAUGCUAUGGAGAGCUAAACGCUUCUUUUGAUGGCGCUACUUCUCCCACAGAAAACAGCAUUACAAUUUUGCCAGGAAAUUCAACGCAAAAUCUGGAGUUAUACAACGGAAAGGCGCGGUUUUUUGCAGCCUUUUACAGGACAUUGGGCGACGAGGUGCAAAACAACAUCAGCCAAGUAUACAGUGGCAAUACAUCUAGUCAGCGGAUCCCGUAUUACCUGAACAGCAGGAUUAUAUCAGGGUCGGUAAUUCAUGCUGCAAACGAGUCCUUCCAUGGUGAUGUUUACAUUCGACUAGAACACACCAAGUUCAGCAGCUCCGACAAGAUGGUAAUGGAGUGUGCUUUUUGGCGAUACACGAACAGCUCGACUAGUAAUUCGACAGGCCAUUGGUCUACUGAUGGAUGCUACAAAGACGAGAAGCUGUCCAAUGAUCAAGCUACUGUGUGUCGCUGUAAUCACCUGACACACUUUGCUGUUCUUAUGAGAGUUACUGAUGAUGACAAGGUCACCAAGCCAGGUGAGGAACACAUUCAAGCCUUGGAAAUGAUCACAUACGUCGGUUGCGGUUUAUCCCUACUGGGCGAGGCUCUUACUAUUAUCACGAUCACUUUCCUUAAGUUGACUAGAACAGAGACAAGUAUCAUUCAUCUAAACCUUGUUUUAGCAUUAGCAGUCGCUCAGAUUGUAUUUCUUACUGGAAUUGAGGCCACGCAAAAUAAGGCAGCUUGCAAGAUCGUGGCCGUCCUUCUACAUUACUUUAACUUAGUCUCGUUCAGCUGGAUGUUAAUCGAGGGGGUCUGGCUCUACGUUAUGAUCGUUCGAGUCUUUGAGACCGGACACAGCAGAAUAAAGAAAUACUGCGCAUGUGCUUGGGGAAUUCCAUUUGUAUUUGUUGUCAUCACAUUAUCAGCAAGUUUUGACGGCUAUGGAACAGACACAAGUUGCUGGUUAUCUGUACAGAAAGGAACCAUUUGGAGUUUUGUAGUGCCAGUUCUUCUUAUUGCACUGGUAAAUUCAAUCAUACUUGGUAUGGUUGUGAAAGAGAUACUAAGAUUGAAUCAUCCAACGAUGGGAGACGACACUAAAUAUCAGUCUGCAAGGUCAGGUGUUCAAUCAGCCGUUGUGCUGUUACCUUUACUGGGGAUCACGUGGCUGUUUGGAAUAUUGACGUUCAACAGUGACACGCUUGCUUUCCAGUAUCUCUUCGCUAUUUUUAACUCGUUGCAGGGAUUCUUUAUUUUCCUGUUUCAUUGCCUUCUCAACUCAGAGGUGAGACGGGCGUUCAACAGGAAAAAGAAGAUUUGGACCGAAACACACGACUUGUUUCAGACCAAUUCACUGUCACCUCAGAACUACAAUGAUCUCUCCAAAGAAACUCUCUCCACUGGAAACGGAAGCGGGCGGCCGGGUUCAGCAGUUUCUGCUUUUUCCAAUGCACCACAGAGACCAUGAGAGGCUGAUUAUGACAGUUAGAGACUGGCGUAUUGACGAUUCCUUUUGUAAAUAGUUACCAGAAAACAGACAGGAUGAGAACUGGAUGUAUCACUAGAUCCUUACUAUUCCUAGCGAAGAUGACGGCCAGAACGUAUGACGACGUCGUUUACGAUUUUUGCGACAACUACAGAAAUUCUCGCGCGCUCAUUGGCUAAUUUUCAUUGUCAAUAGGCAAACAGACAUAUGAAUUUAUAAUUUAUGCGACGUUCAUGCUGCUGUUAUUAUGUUUAAAAAAACUGACGUAAGUUUUUCACGCGUCUGUCCUGGUAUUGAUCAUAAAUUUCGUCACAACAAUGUCAAAGUACUCUGCGGAUUUUAUGAAGAAAUUUAUGGUCAAUAACUGGACAGACGCAUGAGCAACUUACGUCAAUUUGUUAAGGUGAGACUCUAUUUUAUUGUACUGAGUAGGUUAAUCGAAAAAACCCAUUUAUGUUGUGGGAAGAGAAUAUUAAGCAAGUUUUAGCUUCGCACUGAUCCGAAUAAGCCACUUUCGAGUUGUUUUUUUCCCUCAGUCUCAAUACGAGUCCUGGUGCGCAAACUUUCAUAUAGAAAUGGGAUUGAUUUGCAAGACAAUGAUCUCAUUUCCAUAUGAAACAUUGAACACCAAGACUCGUUUUGAAACUGAGAUAAAAGCAACUCGGAAAUGGCCUACUGUCAUGUACCUUUUUUUAAAAAAAAAUAUUCAUUAGACUGUCUCCACAUACAUACGUAUUUAUUACAACGCAUUUUAUUUAAUCUAAGUUUGAUUAUUUGAGUUUAUCAGAAGUGUACCAUAUAAAUUCGUUAAAAACAGUAUAUAUUAUAUCCAUUAAUCUAAAGAUACUGCAAAUAAUAUAUUCCGCGAGGGUUCGUAUACAUAAGCAUAUCUAAUAAAUACAAUAUCGUGAUUUAAUAUUAAGUAUUUUACAUAAAGCUGAGGAGAUAGUGGGUAUUGGUGUAUAAAUAAAUAAAUACUUCACAGCACAGCACA